AGUUCCCUGCUGCUCAAGUCGAUUUGUGCUUUACGGUUGCGGGCUGCUUCCUACUCUGAAGCCUGUGCCCAAGAACCCAUCCGCAUCGGUUUGGAUCAUUUGCUGGCACUUCCUCUGUAUAUAAUUCCUCCCUGUACGUUGUGAAGCUGAGGGUUGGAGAUCCUGUGUCGGCCUCGCAAUGUCAACAGAAGUAAUUUGCUAUGGCUGGGCGAGGGAUUUUGUCACGAUCUUGACCACUUCUGCUGCUUGAGAAUAUUUACUGAUUCGUGUCGUGUUUUCUGCUUGAGCAGAACAACCUGCCUCUAUUGGAAGAUGCGCAUGAUACAUUUCGAUUGGUUGCAAAACUAAAUACCUCCAAAAAUGGCUUCCUGGAUCCGGCAUCUUUUCAAGGGAAAACCGGCGCACAUCAAGCAUGCAGCUGCAAGAACGACCUCGUCCGGUAAUUAUACCAAUACUCAGAAUUUCAAUUUGCCGCGGUCCUAUGCUCCGCUGAUACGGUCGGCCGACCUGCCCGCUUUCAUCGAGGCGCUCUCUAGGCGGCACCCCGACAAGACGGAAAUCAGCAAGAGGCUGAAGAUGAUUGCCAACAACCGGGAGCUGAAGCUGAACGACCCGGGGUUUCCACUGUUCGAAGUGCGACACUUUUUUUAUGACAGUGCACAACUCCUUCUCCCCCUCAUUUGUAUAGCAUGAACGGCAAUACAAGCAUUAGGAGGAAGAGUGCCGGUUUUGCAUGACAAAUUUCCAGUGGAGCGUAGUGCUAUUUGGGCCACCAGAACUUGUCAUGCAAAUAGUGCCAAGAGGCACAGCCUGGAUUUGGAUUUUUACAUGACAAAUGAGGGGAAGGGGGAGUUGUGUACUCUCACACUUUCCAGGCGGAAAAGGCGACGUUGGUCCUGAACCAGUUCGACGAUCUAUUGUCGCCGCCGCACGGCGGCGCGUAUUGGCUGGAUAAGGAGGUUCGGAGAUUAUGCCUAGAGAGAAAACAACAUGAAGUACAAGAGAACACAGAACAACUCGACAUUCCAGAUCUGAGGUUUGACCUCCACGACAGCAGCUGGCCUCUGAACAAGGCCAGACAUGAAAUAAAAAACGAUUUUUCACCGGUUCAUUGCAACCUGUACUUCUCUCCAGUGGGGCAAGACCACCCUGCCUUCCGGUUCCACUACGACCCGUGGGACCUGGUAAUCCUACAGCAAGAGGGCGAAAAGACGUGGGAAAUUGGAAUGAACGGGUUGUAUGACCCCAGCAGAAUAUUUGUAUCACCUCCGUCGCAUCAGGGGCGGCACAAGGGCAACGGAAACACGACCUCGGAUCAGGAGAAAACCAGUCGAGAAAUUCCCGAUGGGCACCCUUGCUUGGAAAAAGUGACAAAAAUCACCCUGCGUCCCGGGGACCUCCUGUACCUCCCGAACGCAACGCCACACCGAGCGGUCUGUGAAGGUGGAGGUGGAGAACAAAGUACUAGUAAAAGAACGGCAAGCACAGCCGCAGUCGGCUCGCUGCACCUCACGUUUGGCAUCGAGAACAGCACGCGGUCGGUUGCCUACCUGAUCCAGCAACUCGCGGUGUGUGAUAUUUUCGCAAAGCACGAAGAAAGUGCAAUGCAAGCGGAGACGGAGUUUGAUCUGCGGAACGUAGAUCUCGUUGACGGAAAUAGAUCUUCUGCUGCUGGAACUAAUUCCAUUCCGAGCCUCUAUACGGCUGUUUCCUCUCAGAGCUUCCUGAAAGCACUCGCCCAUUUGAGAGCUGCGGUGGGAGAUAAUGAUGGGAAGGAAAGCAAAAUCAGCCUGAGCCACACCUUUGUUCGCGACCUGCCGAAGCCGGCUUUUGUUGGCGACAGGGUCGGCGGGUUUCAUGCUCCCGCAGAGAGCAAUGAUGAUAGAAAAAGCGAGCGGAGUAUAGUCGGAGGCGGUAUUUCGAACGAAAGUGGUGGACUCGAUUUUGAUGCUGUCCUCUCGGACGGAACCAUUGCAUUUGCGCAGCUCAGAUCUCUGAUACUGGCGCAGCGGCAAGAGCUGCUUGUGGCAACUGCCAGUGGCAGCGGAGAGCAGGAGGAAGAAUCUUCACAGAGCUCAAUUUCAACAACUGAAUCUACUUCUAAAAGCCCUGCCAACUACAGUUCUCCCCCUGUUUCGCCGCUCCGGCUGCUGGCCGAACAGGUGAAGUUUAUUCAGAAAGAUAGUAGUAUUUCCACCUCACGGAAAUUGACGGGAUUGACGACCACACGGAAAAAACUGGAGGCCGGGAUUGUAGUGGAACAUCAAAUGAAAAUGAAUGGAAAUCACGACACGAUUUCCGAAACAGCUCAGUCUCAACUACAGCAAGUCCUACAGCACGCAUUGAACACACUGGACAACCCCCAGCAGCUCUCCAAGUCGCUGGGCGCGUUGGCGUACGUCGAGGCGAAUACCUUUCCGGGUCAUUUUGCGGAAGCACAUUUUAAGGAGGUAGACGAGAUGUUAUAUGAUUUUCGUGAAGAAACCACUGCUACUACUUCCACCGAAGAACAGACAAGCAGCUUCUUCGAUUUUUCCUUUCUCAGCGACCCGGACCCGGUGUUUAGCUCGAACACGGAGCACGCGAACGUCUUCCUCCUGACCGACCAGGCGACGCAAUCCCGGGGCGAAACUGUGGGCUUCCUCUUUGUGCGCGGACAGCGGAUUCCGGUGCCGAACGCCGAAAAGCUGAUCCCUGGGUUGAAGUGGUGCUUGGGUAGUUCUUCUUGUGGUGUUGCGGAAGAAGUAAAAGUAGAAGUAGAUCAUGCUAUUGAUAGUCCCGCAGCGGUGAAUGGUGGUAAAAGAACGAGAAGCAGUGACAUUUUUUCAUCACGUUAUUUUCGUGCGUCAGAAGCGCAAGAGAAGGGCUUCCUGGACAGUGUCGGAUUCGCGCUGUCGCUCGGCCUGCUCAAGCACGUGAGAGAAAAAAAUGCAGAACAGCGCUCGAGGCGCAGGUAUUUUUAGCAGAAGCGGUGUAGUAAAAGCUCGCCUCGUGCUGCAGUCUCGAUGAUGCAACAGCAGCUACG